GGGAACCAGCCAGUGAAAUGGAGAGGUGCAGCUGACAGGAGGGUCAGUCGUAGCUUGUGAUGUGCAAGACGCAGUUGCGUGUCGGUUAGUGCUUACCAUGACCCGGACAGAACUACUUUGCCUUGUGGCUAUAUGGGCUACUGUUUGGUGUUCGCCCGCCAGAGCAGAACACGACCAUGAUGGCUCUAAGAGAAGUGUGUAUCAUAAUCAGUUUGCUGUGGUCAUUCCUGCUGGUAAGGAGACAGCUAAUGAAGUAGCCGCAAAAUAUGGAUUUAACAAUCUCGGCCAGAUCGGGUCUUUAGAGCACCAUUACCUGUUCGAACACAAGCACGUCCACAAAAGAUCUGCUGACCCUGCCCACGACCACCACCGGAAUCUGGACACCGACCACAGGGUGAGUUUGGCGAUGAGGAAGUGAGCAAGGCUGCAGGAA